CGGAGAUCGGUGUAUCUGCGCAUGUGCGGAUGUGCGGAUGUGAGUCAGUGUAAACUUAACUUAGUUUACUCUCAGUUGACAGCUCGACCGGUUCUGCACAGUCCAGACGCGGAAAAAUUCCACCGAGAUGGCCUCCACGUGGUGGGAGCGCCUCUCCGUGUCGGUGAAUAAUGGCACAAGCCCUGUGGACAACAGCAGCUGUUUCAGUGCCACACAGAGCACCGUGCUGAAGGGGGUGAAUUUCGGAGGAGUGCCCAUCGUUCUGCUGAUCGACUUCAUACUCUUCGUGUUGCUGCUAAUAGUCUUCACUGUGAUCAGAAGGAGACUGUGGGAUCAUGGGAGACUCGCUCUUGUCGCAGAGACUGAACGGUUCGGACAUGCUACUAAACGGCGUUACAACAGAAUGACGUCAUCCAUGUCCGUCGAGGAGCCCGAAUAUGAGAAGGGGUGCUGCUCCUGGAUCAACUUUAUUGUCAAUAUGGAUGAGACUACGAUCCAGGAGAAAUGUGGGGUGGAUGCAGUACAUUAUCUGUCAUUUCAGAAGCACCUAGUCAUCAUGCUCUUGAUCAUCUGUGUGCUGUCCAUCACCAUCAUCCUGCCGGUCAAUCUAUCCGGCAACCUGCUGGGCAAUGAUCCCUACAGUUUCGGGAGAACAACCAUAGGGAAUCUUAAGCAGGGUGAUACGCUGCUUUGGCUGCACACAGUAUUUGCAGUUCUGUAUCUUAUGAUCACGGUGGCCCUGCUGAGACGACACACUUCUAAAAUGAAGGGAACCAAGAGAGACAUAGCCAGAAACACCCUGUUUGUGAGGUCUGUACCCACUGCUGCCAGUAGUGAGAGCAUAAAAACUCACUUCAUGGAGGCGUACCCUAACUGUCAAGUGACUGAUGUUAACUUGUGUUAUGAUGUUGCCAAACUGAUUGAUAUAAACAGAAACCGAAAACGGGCAGAAAAAAAUCUGCAGCACUACACUAAGAUUUUCCAGCGCCAUGGACGUCGUGAGCUCAUCAACCCGCGCCCAUGCAGCCACCUGUGCUGCUGCUGCCGCCGCUGUAAGGGCUGUGAAGAGGUUGAUGCUAUAGAGUUCUACAGCGCACAGGUGGCUGCUCUGCGUGAGGAAGAAGAUAAACUGAAGGAGAGUGUAGAACUGCAUCCUCUGGGCAUGGCAUUUGUCUCUCUGCAAAAUGAGUACAUGGCCAGUUACAUUCUGAAAGAUUUCAAUGCUCUGAAGUGUGGAGGCGGGGCAAGGGGCGUGGCCGGAGAAGUAAUGGGUGGGGGAAUCAGGUGUGGGUGUGGCCGAGAGCCUCAGCCGUCCUCUAAGAGCACAGAACUUAGGGUGAACAAAUGGGAAGUGAAUUACGCUCCUCACCCAUACAAUAUCUACUGGGAGAAUUUGUCAAUAAAAUGGUGGCGUUGGUGGCUACGCUUUACGCUGCUAAAUGUAGCCCUCUUUCUCCUCCUCUUCUUCCUCACAACGCCCUCCAUCAUCAUCACCACCAUGGACAAAUUUAAUGUCACCAAGCCCAUUUACUAUCUGAACAGUGCUGUUAUCAGUCAGUUCUUCCCCACUAUUCUGCUGUGGACCUUCUCAGCCCUGUUGCCCACCAUAGUAUAUUACUCUACACUGGGGGAGGCCCACUGGACCAGGUCCAGCGAAAAUAUGAGCAUGAUGUACAAGCUCUACAUCUUCCUGAUCUUCAUGGUGUUGAUUUUGCCCUCACUGGGCCUCACCAGUCUAGACGUGUUUUUCCGCCAGUUGUUUGAUACGCAUUCCACGGGGAAGCUGAGGUUUGAGUGUGUGUUUUUACCUGAUCAGGGGGCGUUCUUUGUAAAUUACGUGAUCGCGGCGGCUCUGGUGGGCUCUGGCAUGGAGCUGCUGCGGUUGCCAGGGUUACUGCUCUACAUUGUGCGUCUGGCACUCGCAGGUUCGGCUGCUGAGAGGAAAUAUGUUAAACAGAAUCAGGCGUAUGAGUUUCAGUACGGAGCGAUGUACGGAUGGACUCUGUGUGUGUUCACGGUUAUCAUGGCGUACAGCAUCACCUGCCCUGUCAUCGUUCCCUUCGGUUUGCUGUACCUGCUGCUGAAACACCUGGUGGACAAACACAACCUGUACUUCGCGUACCUGCCCGCCCGCCUCGAUCGUCAGGUUCACCUGGGAGCUGUCAAUCAAGCGCUGGCUGCACCAAUCAUAUGCCUGAUGUGGCUUUAUUUCUUCUCUGUGCUCAGAACAGGCUUCAAGGCAGCUACGUCACUGUUCACUUUAGUGGUUCUCUGUGUGACCAUCUUUAUCUGUUUAAGUUACACCUUCUUUGGACACUUCAAAAACCUCAGCCCGCACAACUACAAUGUUAAGGAGGAAGAUAAAGACGCAGAUAAAGGUUCACAGAGCUCAACUGUAUCGGUGUAUCUUCCCAAAGUUUUGAACCCAGAUGCAUCAUCUGAAUCUGAUGAAUGCAGCAUUCACCAUACAUACGGCACCACCGACACAAGUCCGCCCUUCCUCAGCACCGAGGAAGAGUGUCCAGACUCUGAUAUCUAAGAACAAUAAUCAGGCAACGUCGACCAAUCAACUACCUUUUCACCUCUGGAGGAAAUGGUUCUUGCUGUAUUGAGGUUGGAGGUCAGUGUGAAGAUGUAGGGGAUGUAGUUGGGGAGAAAAAAAAGUCACACUUUCUAGCUUUUAAUUUUUUUAUACAUACUGAGGGAACAUUUAUUCUUGAACUGCCAUAUCACAAAACCCAAAGGAGCUUUUCAGGAUCAAUUCUUCUCGCCAAAGACUUUAAACACUUUUCUAAAUUGCCAUUCAAACACGCUGUCCAAACAUUUCUACAAAACCAGCUUCGCCAAUGAGCGCUUGCCAAGGAGUACAAAUAUAACUUGAUUAUAUCAAACCACUUGAACUGACACUUGUGCCUUUUUGGAACCAACUUAACACACUUUAUAACUGUAAUUUGUAUGUAUGUGUGAUUUGAGAAAGUGAGCUUCUGUAUUGUUUUUCACUCCUCAUUUUCUGUUUUAAAGCAACGUUUUAUACAAAUACGUUAAUAUAUUGAUGUUGCAGAUAUAUUGAGCUCAUAGCUCAGUGGCCUUUCAAUAGCACAUCUGUAUAGUUGUGUGAGAGAAUGAAUCAUCACUAGGUGGCACUGUUCCUCUCAGAUCAGUACAGACUGAAGCAGAGAGAUGUUUCAGUUUCAACACAAACACAAUGUUUUAUAAUUUAUUACAGAGAAUUUAGAAGAAAAAUAUGCAAAGAUUGUAUUUACAGUAAGGCUCUUACAAUGAAGUAAACAAUAUGCAAAGCAUAAACCUUAUAGUCUUAAAUGUUUUUUUUAGUUUUGGUCACUUGCUGACCAUGUUUGUAUAAAGUUUAACUUAAUGUCAUGAUCACGCCAGUAACAAAGGAGUGUUUACAUGGAGAAAAUUCUAAUUUUACUGGAAACUAUUAAUCAGAAGCAACUCAAGUCUUCCCAAUUUUAAAAAGGGCAAACUUCUUAGAGCAAAGGAGACACAGUUUUUAAUUCAUGUAGAUGUUCUAUCAAGUACAAUCAUCAUAUUUGUUCCUUUUAGAUGUAAUUCAGGGGAAGAUAUUGAAGCUAUUAAGAGAACACUUGACAGCUGUGUGUGUUUGUGUUUGUUCUGUAUAUUCAGUAUAUAACUGAAUUUUAGUGUCUGAUCAUUUAAACGGC